AUGGUCUCGGGCUACGGCUUGUCCAGAAGAGAGAACAACCAGUUGCAGAGAACUAUUGUCGAUGUGAUUCGGUUGGUGCCUUUCUCCAUGUUUGUUCUCGUGCCCUUUGCGGAGUUGUUGUUGCCUGUGGCAUUGAAGAUUUUCCCUAACUUGUUGCCUUCCACGUACCAGUCCAAGCUGGACAUCAAGAAGAAGCGUGCAGAUUUGUCUAAGAAGAGGGUCAGCGCCUCAGAGUAUAUCAAGAAGACUAUGGAGGAGAGCGGCCUCAAGUUGUCCAAAAAGAUUUCUGAGGAAGAGAAGCAGGCUUUCGUCAGCUUCUUCGAUAUCAUCUCUAUGGGUAAGACUCCCGAAAGAGAACACUUGAUCAAGGUUGCAAGAAUGUUCAAAAACGAUCAGGUUUUGGAUAACUUGUCUCGUCCACAAUUAGUCGCCAUGGCAAAGUAUAUGUCCUUGAGACCUUUUGGCACUGACUCAAUUUUGCGUUACCAGAUCAGACACCGUUUGUUGACCAUUAUUAAGGAUGACAAGGCCAUCGACUAUGAGGGUGUGGAAUCCUUGACUAUUCCUGAAUUGCACGUGGCUUGUUCUCAGAGAGGUAUCAAGACUCAGGAUGUCUCUCCUGGUCGCUUGAGAGAAGACUUGGAGACUUGGUUGGAUUUGAGAUUAAGGCAGAAGAUCCCAUCCACCCUUUUGAUCCUUUCCUCUGCUUACACCUAUGGUGAGCACACUCAGGGAAUCGACACAUACUACGACGCAUUGUUGGCAGUCUUGUCCUCUAUUCCUGAUGAGGUUUACAACGUUGCCAAGUUGAGCAUGUCGGACGACUCCAAGUUGAAGUUGAACAUCUUGAAGGAACAAGAUGAGAUGAUCAACGAAGAGAACUUGAGAGAGAAAGACACUGUCAACAACAUCAAGGACAACAUUCAGUUGGACGAGUACGAGGAUACUGCUAGUGAAGGUAUGAAGAUCGAGGAAGAUGGAAGUAACAAGGAGAAGGAUGCGAAUGAGAAGGGUGAUGACAAAAGCAGUGAUAAAAAAUAG